ACCAUGACUGAGGAUUCUGCUGAGGGGGAAGAUGAGGAGGAGGAUGAGGAAGAGGAGUACGACCUUGCAGUGAGCACACAGCACUCCGUUAGGCCCAACAGCCAGGAGCUUUUUGUGACUCAGACAGAGUUACCCUCCCAGCCCUCCCAAGCCACUAGCCCAGACAGUGAAGCCAUGGAAGUGACCUCUGCUGCACAUUUUUCAAGCCUCCCUACUCCAUCCCGAAGGCUUUCUCAGAUAAGGCGGAGGAAAAAGAAGAAGCGAGACGAAAUGUUCUCGGAAAUCAUGGAAGUAACCCGCAAUGAAAGCGCUCAUCUGAAUGACUGGAAGGACGUGGUAGCAAAAUACAGGAAAGAUGACAGUGAACAUGAGAACAGGAGGGACCAACGUGAGGAUAGGAGGGAUGAACAUGAGGAUAGGAGAGAUGCUCGAGAUGAGAGGUGGCGGCAGGAAGAUCAGAGGUGUAGACAGGAAGAUCAGCGGUGGCGGGAUGCAACGCUGGAGCUGCUGCGUGAUCAAACUGAUAUCCUCCAACGUCUGGUGGAUCUUCAGGAAGAGCAGCGGGGUCACAGAGUGCAGCUGCAGCCCCUGUGUAACCACCCUCACCACUCACCAUGUUCCAUAUCUUCCUCAACCAGACGCGUAAGAACGCAUGGGGGAAGGUUUUGUGCACCCGCCCACUCCACCCCAGUGGACAGUCCAACCAAAAGGCUGUCAUUACAUUGAAAUGUAUUUAAUGGCCUUUUCCUUCCCUCCUAUGCUCCUCCCAAACCACACCUGGGAUACCUUGU